UUGCGAAGGCGAAGUGGUGCGUGUAAGGCUAUCUUGACUCGACCGACUUGUCAUCGUUCGCCGGUGCCUACGUAGAUGUUUUUGUCGUAAAUGUAAACACAACAAAAUCCACAGACGGAUAUCCCCUUCAUCGUCCCUUCCUUUUGUUUUUCCGAGUUUCGAAAAGUUUCGCGUUGACUGCGAUGAAGAAAAACUCGACCUCGUUCUCGGGGUGGAAAAAUCUUAUUGUGUUCACUGUCCUACUCCUCUCCUGGCUCUGCGGCUUCGCCUCAAGACUCUUCGCCGUCAUACGGUUCGAGAGCAUCAUCCAUGAGUUCGACCCUUGGUUCAACUACAGAGCUACGGCUUAUAUGGUUGAGCAUGGCUUUUACAACUUCCUCAACUGGUUUGACGAACGGGCGUGGUACCCGCUUGGCAGGAUUGUCGGGGGCACUGUCUACCCAGGGCUUAUGAUAACCUCUGGGAGCAUACAUUACAUACUCCACCUGCUAAACAUACCAGUCCAUAUAAGGGACAUAUGCGUCUUUUUAGCCCCCGUUUUCAGCGGUCUUACGGCGAUUUCGACGUAUCUCUUGACGAAAGAGUUGUGGAGCGUUGGGGCUGGCCUGUUAGCAGCAUACUUCAUUGCGAUUGUACCAGGUUAUAUAAGCAGGUCUGUAGCUGGCAGCUAUGACAAUGAAGGCAUUGCCAUUUUCGCCCUGCAAUUCACCUACUACCUUUGGGUGAAAUCAGUAAAGACUGGAUCAGUGUACUGGGCUGCUUUGACAGCACUUUCUUAUUUUUAUAUGGUUUCAGCAUGGGGUGGUUACGUUUUUAUUAUAAAUUUGAUACCGCUUCAUGUAUUUGUACUGCUUUUAAUGGGGCGCUACUCAAGCCGCCUUUUUACAAGCUACACGACGUUCUGCAUACUUGGGCUUUUAUUCAGUAUGCAGAUCCCUUUUGUUGGGUUCCAGCCGAUUAGGACUAGCGAACACAUGGCUGCGCUUGGUGUUUUUGUACUGAUAAUUGCGAUUGCUGCGUUGAAACACAUCCAGACUGUGCUUUCGAGGUCUGAGUUUAAAUAUUUUUUCUUAGUCGCGAGUGGCAUAUCAGGGGCGGUUGUUUUCUUCAGUGUCGUAAUUUUGACUUACGCUGGAGUUAUUGCUCCUUGGAGCGGAAGAUUUUAUUCACUCUGGGAUACAGGGUAUGCUAAAAUUCAUAUUCCGAUCAUCGCUUCGGUUUCUGAGCAUCAGCCUACUACUUGGUUCUCAUUUUUCUUUGACCUACAUAUUCUAGUCACAACAUUCCCAGUCGGUUUAUGGUAUUGCAUUAAAGAUCUAAACGAUGAGAGAGUUUUUGUUAUAUUGUACGCAAUAAGCGCUGUUUAUUUUGCUGGUGUUAUGGUCCGUCUCAUGCUCACGCUGACACCUGUCGUGUGCAUUCUGAGCGCCAUAGCUUUUUCAAAACUGCUCGACAUUUUUCUGAAAGAUGAGGACAAUCCGUCUGGAGGGGAAAGCGACAGUGAACAUGAAACGUCACCUUCUAAAACGCUUUAUGAUAAGGCUGGUAAAUUACGGAAGAUGAAGCAUGAACAGAUCAAAGAAUCAGAAGGCCUUGGCCCAAAUGUUAGAAGUUUUGUCAUCGUUGGUACAAUCGCAUUGUUACUCAUGUUUGCAGUUCACUGCACGUGGGUCACAAGCAAUGCAUACUCAAGUCCAAGCAUUGUUCUUUCAUCAUAUUCUCAGGAUGGAUCAAGGCAGAUUUUGGACGAUUUCCGAGAAGCUUACUACUGGCUUUCACAGAAUACGGACAGCGAUGCUCGAGUGAUGAGUUGGUGGGAUUAUGGCUAUCAGAUAGCCGGAAUGGCUAAUAGGACGACUCUGGUCGACAACAAUACUUGGAACAACUCCCACAUUGCAUUGGUUGGCAAAGCCAUGUCAUCGACUGAACCGUUGGCGUAUGAAAUUAUGAAAUCUUUGGAUGUUGAUUACGUCCUUGUGAUUUUUGGAGGGGUAAUCGGCUAUUCCGGAGAUGACAUCAACAAAUUUCUUUGGAUGGUGAGAAUCGCCGAGGGCGAACAUCCAAAAGACAUUCGUGAAAAUGACUACUUUACUAGUAAAGGAGAAUUCAGAGUGGAUGCUGAAGGCUCUCCUGUGCUUUUGAAUUGCCUUAUGUACAAAUUAAGUUACUACAGAUUUGGCGAACUUCAACUGGAUUUCCGAGGUCCUCCAGGGUUUGAUAGAACUAGAAAUGUUGUUAUAGGAAAUAAAAAUUUUGACCUCACAUACUUAGAAGAAGCUUAUACUACAGAGCACUGGCUGGUUAGGAUAUACAGAGUGAAGAAAGAAAAUGAAUUUAACCGUCCUAGACUUCAGACUUCAUCAAGAAAAAUUAAAAGAACAGAUAUGUUUAUAUCAAAAAAGACAACAAAGAGAAAGAAAGGAUUGAUCAAAAGCAGGCCGGUCGUAGUGAAAGGAAAGAAAGUCGUUAAAUCUUAGUGGAGUUUUUUUUAGUAUAAUUGUGCCCUGGUUUUGUGAGACAGAAUUCACAAAAAAAAAAAAAAGUUAAAACUACAUAAAACUUUAAAAAUGAAUAAACACAAACAACAAUCCGCACUCGAACAGAGUGCAGAAUAAGUUGCCUCAAUGAAAUUUUGAUAACAUUGUAAAAAAAUUAUGUUUGUCAUCUAAAAAUUAUUAGCAUUUUUUACUGUAAAAAUAACCGAUUUUGUUAAUUAGCACAAUAAAGAUUUACAACAUUUA